CUGUCUUUGCUUCAUUGCAAGAUAAAGAGAGCUCAUAUACUAAUAUCUCAAAUAGACCCUGCAAAUAUAUUUGCAUUCAUCUUUUUUGGGAAGAGAAGGAAUUAUGGGGAGCGAAGAGAUUGUACAAACAGGUUUAUCAAAAAAGGCUAAACCUGGCACAGCUACAAUUCUUGCUUUAGGCAAAGCAUUCCCUCAUCAGCUUGUCAUGCAAGAGUUUUUAGUUGAUGGGUAUUUCAAGAAUACCAAUUGUUAUGAUCCAGACCUGAAGCAGAAACUAACUAGACUCUGUCAGACUACAACUGUUAAAACAAGGUAUGUGGUAAUGUCAGAGGAAAUCCUGAACAAGUAUCCUGAACUUGCCAUUGAAGGCAUCCCUACUGUAAAACAACGAUUAGAUAUUUGUAAUGAUGCUGUAACACAAAUGGCAAUUGAAGCUUCAGAAACUUGCAUAAAAAAAUGGGGCAGGCCUAUAUCAGAUAUUACUCACUUGGUUUAUGUUUCUUCAAGCGAAGCUAGGCUACCAGGCGGUGACCUUCACCUAGCAAGAGGUCUAGGACUCAGCCCUGAAACGCAGCGUGUCAUGCUGUAUUUCAUGGGUUGCUCUGGAGGGGUCGCUGGUCUCCGUGUUGCAAAAGACAUAGCUGAAAACAAUCCUGGAAGUAGAGUUUUGCUGGCUACUUCUGAAACUACUAUAAUUGGAUUUAGGCCACCAAAUGCAGAUAGACCAUAUGACUUAGUUGGGGUUGCAUUAUUUGGCGAUGGUGCAGGAGCUAUGAUAAUUGGCACAGACCCAGUUUCUAAUGUUGAAAGUCCACUUUUUGAACUUCAUACAGCAAUUCAGAAUUUCCUGCCUGAUACAGAAAAGAUUAUUGAUGGCAGGAUGACAGAAGAAGGGAUUAGCUUCAAGCUAGCAAGAGAGCUUCCUCAUAUAAUUGAAGAUAAUAUUGAGAGUUUCUGUCAAAAAUUAAUGCGAGGUGCUGGAGUAGGCGAUAAAGGGUACAAUAAUUUUUUCUGGGCAGUUCAUCCUGGAGGACCUGCAAUAUUGAACAGAAUAGAGAAGCGGCUUCAAUUGUUGCCAGAGAAAUUAAAUGCUAGUAGACGAGCUUUGAUGGAUUAUGGUAAUGCUAGUAGCAAUACAAUUGUGUAUGUUCUCGAGUAUAUGAUAGAAGAGAGCUUGAAAAUUAACAAGGAAAAUGAGGAUUGUCAAUGGGGAUUGAUUCUUGCUUUUGGGCCUGGAAUUACCUUGGAAGGAGUUCUUGCCAGAAACCUCAGUGUCUAAGUAUACUGUUGUUCGGUGUCUUAUUGAAUAACCUGGCUCUUCUAAAAUUAUUAAAAACCAGACCAGAAGAGCGGCUAAGAGUCUUUUAUGUAAAUUUCUGGAAUCAAUUGAGUUUUCUUCUACCAAUAGAAUAAACAAAUAAAUUACUACAUUAGUACA